CAGAUCCAGACCAGUAAAGUACAAGGUUCCAGCUCCGGAUUUUCUGGGUGCCGUCAUUGGCCUCAUCGCCUAUCGCAGAGCACAGGAUGGACUAGUGGGAACAGAAACAUUAUGGCUGCCAGUCUUUCCUUGACUCAGCUUUCGAGUGGGAACCGUGUGUACGACAAGUACUAUCGACAAGUCGAUCCAUCUGGCAGUGGGCGAGUAGCAGCCACCGACGCGGCCUUGUUCUUAAAAAGGUCUGGUCUUUCAGACUUGGUCCUUGGCAAGAUAUGGGACUUGGCAGAUUCGGAAUGCAAAGGCUUUUUGAACAAACAGCAAUUUUUUGUUGCACUGCGAUUAGUGGCUUGUGCUCAGAAUGGCUUUGAGGUUGCCCACAAAAACCUCACUGUGGCUGUGCCCUUACCAAAGUUCCACGACACAACCAGUCCUCUCCUCCCAUCAAAUGUGCCCAUUGACAGUCCAUGGAUGGUCAAGCCAGAGGAGAAGCUGAAAUUCGAUGCCAUCUUUGACAGUCUCGCGCCGGUGGGUGGCAUACUCACAGGCGACAAGGUCAAACCAGUGCUGCUGAACUCCAAGCUCCCUGUAGAUGUGCUGGGCAGGGUAUGGGAGCUUAGUGAUAUAGACAGAGAUGGAAUGCUGGAUAAAGAUGAGUUUGCAGUGGCUAUGUAUUUGGUGUACAGAGCUCUUGAGAAUGAGCCUGUGCCCAUGAUUCUGCCCCCUCAACUGGUUCCACCAUCGAAAAGGAAAAAAGUGAAUUCACCUCCUGUCGUGCCUCUCCUCCCUUCACCGCCUUCACUCAAAGAAAGGAGUUCUACCCACUCUGGUUCGCAAACAUUGCCAGCUAAACUCACACCUCCACAGUGGGUUGUGUCGCCUGGUGAUAAGGCUAAGUAUGACGAGUUGUUCACUAAGACCGACAGCGAUAUGGACGGGUUGGUGUCUGGGCCGGAGGUGAGGGACAUCUUCCUGAAGACGGGACUGCCCUCUGCCACACUUGCUCGCAUAUGGGAGCUAUGUGACAUUGGAGACAUUGGGAAACUGACAAGAGAGCAGUUUGCAUUGGCUCUCUAUUUAAUCAAUCAGAAGCUCUCAAAAGGCAUUGACCCACCUCAAGCGCUCUCUCCGGAGAUGAUCCCUCCAUCUGAUAGGCUAUCACGACAGAAUAAUGCCUUGUCAUGUCAGGCUGCUGACUUCUCUGCCAUUAAAGAGUUGGACUCCCUCAGUAAUGAGAUUAUGGACCUGCAGAGGGAGAAAAGCUCUGUGGAACAGGAGAUCAAGGAGAAGGAAGAGAGUGUUAGACAGAGGACCAACGAGGUAGAGGACCUGCAGGAGGAAGUGCAGAAAGAGAGCGAGGAGUUGCGGAAGCUACAGGCGGAGCGACAGGAGGUGCAGGAAGCUCUAGAGAGACUGGAUGAGCAAAAGUUGUCCCUAGAGGAGCAGCUCAAGCUCCUACGCCAGCAGUGCAGUCAGGAGAACCAGCUGAUCCAGUCUCUGCAGGCGGAGCACUCCGAGCAGGAGCAGAGGAUAGGAGAUUAUGAGGAGGAGUUGGUGAGGGCGCGAGAGGAGCUGCUUUGUCUCCAGGAACAGACCCGCACUCUGGGGGAGAAAGUGAGCUCAGCCCGUGCUCAGCUCUGCCCUCUACAGGAUGAUGUUACAGAGUCUCACACACAGAUUGCACAGAUGCAGGAACGACUGACUGAGCUAAAAACAGAAGAGCGAGAGGUCGCAGCCCAGCUUACUUGGAAGGUCUUAGUAGAGGAGCCUCCACUUGUCAAUGGAGCAGCACCCCCUGCUGAACAGCCCAAGCUGCUACAGUGGCCACAGCCCACAGAACAGCCAGCAAAGAAACCAGAAGAUGAGUAUGAGGAAGAGGAGGCGGAAGAGACUCCCCAAGACGAGCCGCAUGAACUGAGAGUGACUGAAGAGCAGCUUGAGGAAGAAUCAGCAGAACUGUCCGGUCCAAAAGAGCUUAAAGUCGAUACUGUGGAAGACCCCUUCACCAGCAUGAUGUCCACAGCCAGAACUCUUAGUGCUUGGCCUCAGAAUGAUCCGGAAGGUUCUUCACCUGCUGCAGAGUGGGAGCUAAAGGGAGUGGAAAUGAAACAGCAGGCCAGCAACAGCACCACAAAGGUGGAGUCUCCAGCUCCAGAGCAGAAAGAAGAUCCCCCCCAACCCACAAGUGCUCCCAGUGAGAGCUCGGCAUCCGCCCCUGCUGUCGACUUCUUUCCAUCCGAUCCCUUCGACAGUGACCCUUUCAAAAGCGAUGACCCUUUCUCAAAAGACAUUUCAGAUCCAUUCGGCGGUGACCCUUUCAAAGGCUCAGAUCCAUUUGCCACCGACUCCUUCUUCAAGCAGUCUUCCUCCACCACAUUCUCCUCGGAAGAUCCUUUUGCUUCUUCUGACCCGUUCAGCUCAAACACGGGCUCAGCAGACCCAAACCUUUUCUCCUCCCACCUUAACAACGCAGUGGCUGCAGAUCCGUUUAGUUCUAGCAGUGGCAGCACACCAUUUGCCUCCAAAGUGGAUGACCCUGAUGAGUCUGAUCCGUUCAGCGCAGGGGCAGGGAAUGACCCAUUUGGUGGGUCAGAGCUGUCGUCAAAGGAAACACCAGCAGUUGCUAAUGACCCAUUUGCUCCUGGAGGAACAGUGGUGAAGGCCGACUCAGACCCGGAUCCCUUUGCCACAGUAUUUGGUACUGGUACUGAGUCCUUUGUAGGAGGUUUUGCAGACUUUAGAAAUUUGGAAACGUCUAAUGGUGCUGACCACUUUGCCUCAUCGAGCACACAUGAUAAGAAUCUAUUUAAGGAAGAAAACCAGUCAGAUGUGCCUCCUGCAUUACCACCCAAAACUGGCACACCUACCAGACCUCCUCCUCCUCCUCCACCAGGUAAGCGGUCAAACAUCUACCGAUCAGACUCAUCAGACUCAGUUCAGAGGCGUGGAAUGGGGGAGUUUUCCUCCCUCCCUGCUAAAGACACUGUGCCAGACCCUUUCGCUCCCUCUGCCCCCUCCCAAGUCCCACGUGAGCCUGACCGAUUUGCCACCUUUGACAAAUACCCCACAGAAGAGGACAUGAUCGAAUGGGCAAAGAGGGAGAGUGAGCGAGAGGAGAGGGAGCGUGUGGCCCGACUCACCCAGCAGGAGCAGGAGGAUCUGGAGCUGGCCAUCGCGCUCAGCAAAUCAGAAUUCUCCUGACCUGAACCGGCCUCGAUCCACACUGCCGAGGACUUACGGGUGCUGGGAUUUCACAAUCCCACUAGUUUUAGUACAGUCCAAAUCUGCCCUCAUCCUCCCAGUUUCUCAUCCACUACCUGUCAGUAUGUCAUCUCUUUUCAUGUUGCCAGAACCUCUUCUGAAAAGUGUGGGUUUGGGGGAGCAUUAGUGUAAAGGUGAAGGACUAAACACAACCUUCAGUGUGUUACCUUGAGCUGUGUUUUCUUGUGUUUUAAUAUCAAUCGACUUUAUAUAUUUCUAACGCAGUCAAACGUUUGGCGCUAUGAAGUGUUACUGGCACAUUAACACAUUUUUCCCCAUUUGCUAUUCUUCUUGCCAUUACUAUGAAAUAUGUAAGUCGGUUUAAGUGCAAAUAUGUGGAAUGAAAAGUUAUUCAGGAAAGCCCAGCCCUUUUAACCUGGUGGGUUUAUUUUGCGUGAUGUGAUCAUGAUAAAAUUGAGCUUUGUGAGGUUAUAGUCAGGAGUGAAAGUGCCCUGGACAUAAAUAUAAAAUAAGUGAUAUGUUUAUAGUAAGUGACAUGAAAUUAGAUAUCCUUCAUGACAUAAAAAAAAAUAAUAAUUAUAAUAUUUUCAUGGAAAGAUAGGAUUUUCUCCAUGACCAAUGCUCUCUGUUUUGGUAUGUGAAUCGCCCAGAACUUAUUUUUCUAUUCGGAACACUGUUUAUAAAUUGGUUUAGAGUAGGCAGGUUGGAAUUUAAAAACAUUUUAAGCAGGGAAAUCACUAAAGACAUCUGUAGAUGUGCUGUACUGGUCUCUGACCCUCCUGGAGUGGAGUUGCUUUAAUGUAUAAACGUGCUGUUGAAGCCAGGUCACUUCACUGAAUUUAUGGGAUUCCAUUUAGAAGAACACCCAAACAAAAUCUUGAUUGAAAUUAUUUUUUAAUGCACUCUAACUCAAUGUAGCUCUUGUGCCAGACGUUUGCCUCACAUAUGACAUUCAAACCCCAAUUAGAAUGUCUUCAGAAUUGAAAUAACCAGCUUUAGAGGGAUUAUUGGUUUCAACAUUUUUUAAUUCUCCUUUAGUCCUCCUUGCAUAUGAGAAUUUGUAAAACUACAGUAUAUAAAUAAAUAUCAGUUUAUAGGUAUGUAUGAAAAUGUAAUUGUACUAAUAUAUAAAAAAAAAUAUAUAUAUAUAUAUAUAUAUAUAUAUAUAUAUAUAUAUAUAUAUAUAUAUAUAUAUAUAUAUAUAUAUAUAAAAUACACACACUAUAUGUGCAUUCUCUAAUCAUAUCCUUCACACAUAAUAUUAGCAAAAUAUCUUGGUGAGAAUGCAGAAGACAACACUAUUGUCAGAGGCAGUAGGACACGAAACGUUAAAUAUCUAAACAGUAAAUCAGUAAUUGGUUUCCAGUGCCUAAAACCAAGGACAACCUACAUUUGGGAAAUGCGUCUUACAUUUCUAUUAACUUAUCUAUUUCUCUAAACCUUAAUAACCUUACGUUGCUAAAGGCUAAUCGAAGGAAUGACGUGAUGUGCAAUAUGUCUAAGACUGUCAAAUUAAGGGGAGUUUUUCCUCUGAUAUUAGAUAUCUGAUUUAACCACUAAACAUUUCCAAAAAAAAAAAUUGUAGUUUAAUAUUCACCCUAUACAAAUUAAGUGUUGUGGUCAUUGAUUUUUCAUUUGUUUGUUUCUCUUUAAUUAGAUAUUAAGGAAUUAUGAAUGUCUUUUUGGCAUUUCAGUCGGUUAUAAAUGGAUUACUAUUAUCAGAACACGGAGAUCUUCUGUAGCACUGGUUUGCAUUUUAAACCAUCCUCUGUGCCUAUCCUUUGGUUUGACCUCAAGGCCAUUGUCUACAUUCUAAAGUCUUAAGCGACCACAAGAACAAUAUCUUAUCCUUUUGGACAAUAGAUGCACUUUGUCGCUCAGACUUUACAUAUGAAAGCAUUGCUUGUGGUGACGUAUAUCAGGUAAAAGCCCUUGCUUUUUUUUUGUUUGUUUGUUUUUUUUUACUUUUUUUUUUCUUUUUUAACUUUUGAAAUGUCAUUGGAUCAAGACUGUCCUUUUGAUCCAAAUAGUUCUGACAUUUGAAAAAUCGGAGCGCGAGUUAACCUGGUACACAGUUUUCUGACCAAUACAACAUUUGCCUCACAGUUCAUAAAUGCUUUUAUGAGCAUUAUGAACACAGCAUUAUACCCUUUAAACCGGAUUUAAGUAUUGCUUUAGACAUAUUGCUUUAGCACUCUGUAUUAAGGAAAGAUUUGGGUUUCUGAUUAUAACUGCUUCUCUGAGUUCUGUUAAAAUGAUCUGUGCUUUUUGCUCAUCAUGUAUUUAUGUAUAGGCCUUUAAUUCUCCUACUCCAAAACCACUUGUGUAUUGGUUUGUUCUACAUACUUUUUAAAACUGGCUUAAUGUAUUUUUUUUUUUUUUUUUUUAACUUUACAGAAUGUGUCCCUUUUAAUAAGGACAGAUGUUUAAAUAUGUUAAGUAACAUGUAAUUAAUGCUAAAGAAUAAAUAUGAACCUUUAAAACA